CGUGAAAAAGAAAAAAGAAAAAAGAAAAAAUCAGCCAACCCAAACUGUAAUCUGUAUCUUCUUUUUUUAUAAAAUCUCGUUUACAGCUUCUAUCUCCAGAUUUUUCCCUCUCUAGCUCUCUCUCGUCCUUUCUGGAGAGAUUAAACGAGUCGUCGUUUGAACAUCGAGGGAUCAUAAUCUCAUGGAAAUGGCUUCUACUACGUCUUCGUUAAGCGAAGAACAAAGACAAGAGCAGAAUCAACAAGUGGCAGUGAAAGAGAAAGAGUGCAUCCACAAAACAAAGACUAUACAGUUCUUGGGCCGUACUACUCCUAUCGUUCUCCAAAACGACAAUGGACCUUGCCCUCUCCUCGCUAUCUGUAAUGUUCUUCUAUUAAGGAACAAUCUAAAUCUGAGCCCAGAUAUAGCUGAAGUUUCGCAGGAGAAACUAUUAUCGCUGGUUGCAGAACGUUUGAUUGAUUCCAACAGUAAUGUAAAUAAUAAAGAUGCAGGCUAUGUUGAAAAUCAACAGCAGAAUAUUGCUGAUGCUAUCGAUUUGCUUCCGCGUCUUGCAACUGGAAUUGAUGUAAAUAUAAAGUUUAGGAGGAUAGAUGACUUCGAGUUUACUCCAGAGUGUGCCAUAUUUGAUUUGCUUGACAUCCCUUUAUAUCACGGUUGGAUAGUUGAUCCCCAAGAUUAUGAUACUGCUAAUGCUAUUGGUUUAAAGUCCUACAACACUCUUAUGGGGGAGCUUGUUGCCCUGGACACAAGAAAUAUGGAAGGUGAAAGUAAGAAUAACCCUGAGGAAGAUUCUGUUGAUUUUGCUGCAGCUACCACUGCGACUCUGGGUGUUCCUUCUCCCAGUCUUUCCAAAACAAGAUCUUUUGAUGAUUCUCCACGUUCAGUCUCUGAUCACCUGACAGUGAGGAAAGGGGACCUGCAAGAAGAAGAAGAGCUAUUGAGGGUUUUAAAAUUAUCGGAGGCUGAAUUGCCCACUUCAGUAGACGGUGCUGUUGUAGCUGAUGUUAGUGAAGGGUUUGUGCCAGCUAGUUUAGAUGAGCAUGCAUGUGCAAAGGGGGCUGUGCCUGUACAUUCUGUAGAUAUGAUGGGGGGUCAUAUUGGUAUUGAUAAUGGCCAUAGCAUCUUGAGCAAGGAGCAUAAUAGUCUCAUGUCUCUAGGAACUCUUCCAGGGGAAAUGUCACUCUCUCCUUCAAAGACUGAUCAGAAUAACCCUGUAGAAACUCUUCCAGGAGAAAUGGCAUGUUCUCCCUCAAAGACUGAUCAUAGCAUACCUCUUGAUCAUCAGUCAACUUGUAAAGAAUCCAGAGAACAUGGUUCUUGUAGUGAUGCUAUUGAGAAUUGUAGUGUCAAGACAUCGAUCCAGAUUGAAGGUGUACUGUCUGCAUCUGGUGGAAAAACUAAUUUAUCCCUUGAUAAAGGCGGUUUUGAUAUUUCUCGGGGAGGUGAAAAGAUCGUCAGUCAAUCUGCUUCCAUAACUGAUAUUCAUGAACCAGCAGAUAUUUCAGGUGUGCAUGAUACAGAAGAACUAUCAAGGUUAUCUAUGCCAAAUCUAGAUUCAGAUUCGUCUAGUGGCAGAAUUCAGAAUGUAGAUGUACCUGAAACAUUUACUUCAAGUGUUGAUGGCAGCGAGCCCAUUUAUGAAGGUGAAGAAUGCAUUUUAGAUUCAGGAACUGCAGAGCCCAUGUAUGAAGGUGAGGUGAUUCUUGCGGAACAGGCUGAUAAAACUGUGAUGUCGAAUGAUGAAAUCACACCACAACAGGGGGAGCUGAUAAGGACCUUCUUGAAGAACAAUGCUAAUCAAUUGACAUUUUAUGGCCUCUUUUGCUUGCAGGAUGGGCUCAAAGAACGUGAGCUGUGUGUUUUUUUUCGUAACAAUCACUUCAGCACAAUGUUUAAGUAUGAUGGCGAACUUUAUCUUUUGGCUACAGACCAGGGUUACUUAAAUCAGCCUGAUUUGGUGUGGGAGAAACUAAAUGAGGUUAAUGGGGAUACCUUGUUCAUGACUGGCAACUUCAAGGAAUUCAAGGUGGAAAAUCAUUCAAAUGAGACAUGGGAUGAGCACAAUGCUAUGGCCAGUACUGCUGACUAUAUUGCCAGCAUUGAUAGUGCAGCACAAGCGGGUUUGGAUAUAAAUUCUGAUCUGCAACUAGCAAUAGCUUUGCAACAACAGGAGUUUGAGCAGCAACCACCACAGCGCAAUAACUCACAGCAACCUUCAGUUACUGGUAGUUCAAGACUGGUUACAGGUCCCCAGGUACCAAGAAGCAGUGGGAAAUAUUCAUCUUCAUCUUCCAGGGCAGAAGCAAAAUCAAAGGAUAAAUGUAGUGUGAUGUGAGUUUUGCUUUGAGGCGUCAUGGAAGUCUGCACUGUAAAUGAUAGAUAGAGGUCCCUUUACUUUCAGUUAGAAAGUGGAGCAACAAUGGUCUAUUGAAGUGAUAAAGUGCCAUUCAUGGGUAGGUCCAUUUAGAGGGCCCAUAUAUAGGGGGGUGGUGGGGUGGGCCUGUGACUGAUUCUUUUCUAUAAGCAUAUAUAUCCAUGCAUUUUUUUCACCCGGGUGUAGAAUUUAUCAUGUGAACAAAGCCAGCCAGCGCACGCCUUAAAAGUUAUGGGAAUGUCGUUUUCCAA